GAAUCUGUUCGGCCAACACCUAAUAUUGGGUUCUAAAUUUUCAAAAUAGAUUUUCUUUCUAAUAUUGCACAAAACUAACAAAAAUGGCGGUGCGACCUUUUGGCCCUGGACCCGGCGUUUACAUGCUGCCCCCCACUGUGGGCUAUGAUAAGCAUGACAACCGCAAACAGCGGUUGCCGCAGUACUCUUUCGGCAUGCGCACCCGUGCUCCUGGUGAGGAUCUGGGUCCUGGUCCAGGGGCCUACAAGGUGGACAAGUUGACUCGCUAUGGCACGAGCAAGGGUUUGGAGUUCUCGAUGGCGCCCAGAACCAAUGUCAUCGAUAAGCGAAGCAGUCCCGGUCCGGGAGCACACGAUGUUCAUAAUAGGCCAUUCUUUAAGGGGGUUAAUGCUCCUUCGUAUUCGAUGGGCCUACGAACGGACUUUAACUUCAAGAAGGAUGGUCCCGGUCCCAAUGCCUACAAGUACGAGGUCAAUGCCGUUCGUCCUGGAGUCCCGAGCUAUAGCAUGGGACUACAAACAAAGAUUUUGAACAAGACGAAUUCUCCGGGUCCGGCUGCAUAUGGCGGUGGUGAUAUCAAUGUCAAACUGACACGUGCUCCGAUAUACUCGAUGCAGCCGCGCACCACUAUUCCGGGCGAGAAUGUCGGACCUGGACCCAACUACUACGACCUCAUGUACUAUCGUCCUGGCAAGAGUGGACCGGGCUACUCCUUUGGUGUGCGCCACCACCAGUUCGCUCCGCCUAUGAUAGUUAGAUGUGACAAUAUGUAGACCAAGUGCAAUAUUGGAAGAAAUAUAUGCUAAAAUUUUUGUGAAUAAACAAUUCUUUUU